GGAAAUGUUUGAGCCCGAGAGUUGAGCAGCAGAUCGGCCACUCGUGUUUCCUGCGCUGUUGCUGCUGCGAGAGAAAAUCCUAGGCAUGGGCCUCCGGCACUCGACUCCACGGGGGGAAUGACAACAGCUCACGCAGUCGCUAGCUGAGACGGGAGGAGUCCGAUCGCCACACCAGAUCCUUGACAGAAAGUGCCUUGUCUGAUGACGUCCCUACUUGAAGCUUGCUCGCUGUUUAUCCGCCGUGCUUUUUUCAACAGAGACUAGCUCACCCUCCAGACCUCCUGUCCUCUCUCCGUGUGUUUGUGUGUGUGUGUGUUUGCACACCACCAAGUCACCCCACCAAGCGACUCUACGCAUGAGACAAAACCAGGGUGGAAAACAUCUCGACAGCCCUGCCAGAGAAUCCGGCUGCCUUGCCAAAGCACAGUGAGCGAGGAGAGCAGCCCGGUCAUCAGCGCCGCCACAGUUCCACCCCCCUUCUCUCCCCACGCACAGAAUACUUAUUACUCCCUUGAAGGAGAACGAUUGCCUGAAAAUAGCGUGAGUCAACUCCCCCGUGUCCACCCCUCCCACAACCCCACCUCCAUUCCUCCUCCUCCUCCUCCUCCUCCUCCCCCCUCACAGAAAAGGAACAUUUCAGGAAGGCUCGGGCGACGGGUGGAAGGACGGUCUCUCUCAGUCCACGCCGUGAGCAUGUCCCCUCUGUCCUGCUAGCGGCCUGCACCUGGGACCGAGUGACGGAUGAGUGUCGUCGCUGUGAUUGACAGCUCUGCUCCAAGCGGCUGUCGUGCGUGCUGCCACGGAGGCUCGUAAGCCGUGACACCACCUUCACUCCCUUUCUCUCUCCGGAGGCGCAGCUUUGCUCGAAAACUCAGACAAACAAACACAGACAAAACAGCAGACGUAUUUUGGCAUCAGCAACGUGUUUGGACAAACUCUAUGUGACGUGCUUUUUUAGAUUGUCUAUUUUUGUUUAACCCUCCCCCAUACACACAUACACACACCCACACACAAAAUCCCCCACCUCUGUCCUCUUGGCACCUUGUCUUAAAAGUGACUGCUAGCCUUUGCCACACUCCAGCUAUUUGCUAUGGCUUUGAACAUCGCCUCGAUACGAGACACAAAAUGGCUGACCCUGGAAGUGUGCCGUCAGUUUCAAAGGGGGACCUGCUCGCGCAGUGACGAGGAAUGCAAAUUCGCCCACCCGCCCAAGAGCUGCCAGGUGGAGAACGGGAGGGUGAUCGCCUGCUUCGACUCGCUAAAGGGCCGGUGUACAAGAGAAAACUGCAAGUAUCUACAUCCUCCAGCGCAUCUGAAGACUCAGCUGGAGAUCAAUGGGCGAAACAACCUGAUACAGCAGAAGACAGCCGCAGCCAUGUUGGCUCAACAGAUGCAGUUCAUGAUCCCAGGCACGACCAUGCAGCCAGUGCCUACGUUUCCAGUGAACCAGGGUCUGGGUUCUAACCACGGCUUGAGCUACGCCCCGUACCUGACGCCCAUGAGCCACGGCAUGGGCCUGGUCCCCACGGAGAUGCUCUCCAGCACCCCUUGCAUCGUCCCCGGCAGCCCGCCAGUCAACGUCCAGAGCUCCUCCUCCACACAAAAGCUGCUGCGCACCGACAAGCUGGAGGUGUGCCGUGAGUUCCAGCGGGGCAACUGUGCCCGGGGCGAGACGGACUGCCGCUUUGCGCACCCGAGCGACAGCCCCAUGAUCGACACGAGCGACAACACGGUGACGGUGUGCAUGGACUACAUCAAGAGCCGCUGCUCGCGCGAGAAGUGCAAGUACUUCCACCCGCCCACGCACCUGCAGGCCAAGAUCAAAGCCGCGCAGCACCAGGCCAAUCAGACGGCCGUGGCAGCACAGGCCGCCGCUGCCGCUGCCAUGACUCAGUCGACUGCCAAAGCAAUGAAGCGACCCCUCGAGGCAACUGUAGAUCUGGCCUUCCCUCAUAGCAUGCUGCAGCCCCUACCAAAGAGACCAGCCCUAGAGAAGAGCAAUGGGGCCAGCACCCUCUUCAACCCCAGCGUCUUGCACUACCAGCAGGCUCUGGCUAAUGCACAGCUCCAGCAGCCUACCACUUUCUUUCCCACAGGGUCAGUCUUGUGCAUGACUCCUCAUAGCAGCCUUGUACCCAUGAUGUACAGUGCUACGCCUGCUACUGUCUCUGCAGCAACAACUCCUGCCACAAGUGUCCCCUACGCAGCAACAGCACCAGCCAAUCAGAUCAUCCUGAAAUAGGCCACAGGGGAACUGUGUGUCAAGAAGCUGCUCUACGAAGCCCAAAACAGUCCAUCUGUAAAUACUACUACCCCACACCAGUAGAGCUACAGCAACCUGCAUGUUAAAACUAUAAAAAACUACACUACCAAUCAAAUCUGAUACUUAUACCAUGUGAAGUGCUGAUGUAAUAUAUACAGUGUAAAUCUUCUGCUAGGAAAAAAAAAUCUACAUACAGACAUUGAAAUGAUGCCAUUUGACUUUGACAAAGAAGAGUUGAAGAAAACAAAUAUGUAUAGCACAUGUGUUUUCAAGGCGGAAGCAACAAUUUUAUUUAAAUGGUUGUUCCUUCGUCAGAUUACGUGAAACCUUUUCAUAUUUGUUUAGAUCUGAAAAUCAAACUCUGCACAAUGUUCAUCCUAGGGGAAAGAUUUUAAAAAUGUCUUAUUUGCACUGUUCUAAAAGAUAAUAGUGCUUAAUAUUAAGUGUUUAAUUGUUUUGAGUGGGAAUAGUCACAGAAAAGUCCCUCUAAAGCAUGUCUUAGAAACUCGCCGAUCGGGCUCGCCUAUUGUUUGUUUUCCAGGCAUGAGGGAUUGCUUCAUUUAUCUUUUCCCUCCCUCUUACCCAUUUUACUCAUUUGACAAACAGAAACAUGAAUGUCAACCAGCUGUACUGUUUUUGUUAUUUUUUUUAUUUUUUUUAUUUUGGUGACCAGCUGUAGUUUUUUUCUGUCCUCUGAGAAUGUGUUCCCCUUGCCAAACCUCCUGGAUGACAACAUCUUUCUCUCAUUGUGUCUCUGGACCUGCUUGACAAACCUCAACAGUGGGAAAAUUAACAUUCAUUUUUCCAUGCAGACAUUCUAGUCAAUAUGAACAAAAAAAAAUGAUAAUAUUGAGAGAUUUAUUCUGGAAAGAAACAUGCACACUGGCUACCGAUGUGCCAUAAUCUGGAUUCUGUCUGUGACUCCGAAAAGGACUGUUUUUUCUGUUCCAGCAUUUAAAUUUGAUUGUUUGUUUGCUUGAAUUGUUUUGGCCAUUUGGAGGCAAGAUGAUUACUUGUAUGUGUGUGCAUAUAUAUGUGUACGUUUGUGUGUGAGGGAGAGACUGUGUGUGUGUGUGUGUGCGUGUGUGUGUGUGUGUGUGUGUGUCUUUGUGCAUCAAGGGUGAAAGUGAGGAUAAAAAAAACAGCAGCCAUCGGGUACUUACCUGUGGCUUCUAUUCUGUGCCAAGGGCUUAUACCAAGCUGUAAAACUGCUGAGGAGACACACACACACACGUGCACACACACACAGUGUAAGCCUUGUGUAUCCUAUAGGCACAUUUUUGUCCAUUAAGUCCAGUCUAAAGGAGCACUUAUACCAAUCAGAGAAGUUGGAUGAGAAACCAGAGGAGAUGGAAGGGGGCACCAGAUACAAGUGCUUAGGCUCCCAAUGGGGCAGCAGUCUGUUUUGUUUUUUGUUUUUGUUUUGUCCAGCUUUAUCAAGGACUAUCUGUACGGAGGGCUAUCUGUGACUGACUACUGCCAGUGUGCUCUCACCUGGAAUCCUGUUUUAUUUGACAAACAGUAGAAAAGUGCCUAAACAAAUAAUCUUUCACACAGCAGACAUCUUGAGAAGAUGCUGGUGUCUGGGAAGGAAGGAGAGAGAGAACUCCUCCACAAAUACACACACACACACACACACACACACACACACUUUGGAGUUGUGAGUCCCCCUAAUAGUUUGACAAAUAAGAACAUUUUUAAAAACAAAUUGAGAGAAAAAUCUAAUGGUUAAACACAUUUCAUGCACAAACAACAGUGUUUAAGUCUGUUUCACCAUGUUAUGAUGCAUCAGUUAACACCAUGUGUACUUUUCACCAGAAAAUAACUUGACAGUUGGGGCAGAAUGUUUAGUAAUGAUUGAUAAUGUACUCUUUGUUUUGUAGUAUUGAUUAUUUUUGUAGUCCAUACUGGAAAAAAGUAAUUGAGUGGGAAACACAAGAAAUAUAUUGUGAUGUAAUUCACUGUCUGUAAUAUGUAUAUCUGUGUGUAUUCAUUGUCAUUUCAAUAUACUCGCGAUGAACACGUUAAGUGUCACGCAAAUGACAACCACAAAGCUCAUUUAAGUCAGGACUAUCACCGGGCUCGGCGUGUCUGUGUUUAAGCCAGGGUAAAGUCCUACUCUUGUCAAAUUAGUGUCCAUUUUAUUAUCUGGUAUAUUUUACUAUUUCUCUACUACAGACUGUAUUUUACUGUACAGCAGUAGAAUGGAGGAGGAAGUACACGCAGCCUUCUAUUUCCCUUUCUCUCAUGUGUGGCUAUGUAUGUGGGUGUGUACGGAAAAGUGUGUGUGUGUUUGUUUGGGUAAAGAGUUUGUGAGGGUGUCUUGCAUGCAUGCAUGCAUGUGUAUAUAUGUGCACAUGCCUGGGCACAUGUUGGUGUGAUUAAAGACAAAAAAAUCAAAUCGGAAUCAUGAUGUAUUUUCAUGGUGCUUUGAUGAACACAGACAAUCCACAGACUUCUUUGGUUCCAUCAAAUUAAGGCACUGGUCUUACUUUAUUUUUUUGUUGUUGUUUUUCUUUUUUCUCUCAUUUAGUUUUCUUCACAAAAGUUACAGUUUUAAUGUAAUUUUUGAUGUGGAAAGUCAUUUAAGUACAUUUUAAUUUCAUUUAUUUUGUUUGUUUUGUUAAAUAAUAGUUCUAGAACAAUGUUGUAACCUAUAUUUUAAAAUGAAUGUAAUUUAUUAAGCUGUGCUUACCUCUGCAUGGUUGGUCCCUCAACUGGCUCUUCGUGGAGGGUCAGUUUUGUCAGAGAGAAGCAGAGAAAGAGGGUGAAGUCUUGACUCUCUCUGCCUGCUUCUCUCCUUUUCAGCAACAGUGGACAAUGCAUUGCAGUGAAGGCAAGGCUUUGGAAUUGCUUGUAUUAUGUAAAACUACAACAACAAAAAAAAAGAAAACAAAAAAAAUGUUUAUUGUAUAGGUAACAAUUUACCAAAAAAAUAUAGAAAAAAAAUACUUUACACUGUAGUAUAAUAGUUAUUUCAUAACAAUAUUAAGUUGUUGCUGUGGCAACCUAAAGUUGCAAUGACUAAAUUUCGGUAUUUUUGUAAAUGUUUGUUCAGUUCAUUUUUUUAGAACACAGUACAUUAGAUUGUGAUGCAGAUAUGGGAUCAUUUCCUGUUAUGUUGAGAUUGUAUACCCUUCUUUUCAGUAGGAUUUAUCAGACUUUGUCAGUGUAAGUUUUAAGAUAUGAUAGGAAGUACUUGCCAAUUGUAUGUAGUGUGAAAUAACUUAAGAAAUUAGUCCACCAACAAUAUAGUUGAGCCAUAAUCUAUUCAGCUGUUCCCCAUUUUACAUGAUUGACUAAAGGAACUCCUGGCGUUAUGAAAUGUCAGUGAUAAUAUAUAGAGUGAAACAAAUAUUGCACUUUGUUCCCAUGUUAAAAAAACAAACAAAUUGAUGCUCAUUGGGUAUGGUAUGGCAACGUUACAAUAUCAUGCAGGUUAUUCAUUGCUCAUGACAAUAUAGAAUAUAAUAUUCAACAAGCAUCUUGCAUGACAUCAUCACUUCAAAUUAGAGGUUAAUUUACUUAAAAAGACAGUAACAUUAGAAAAUAUAAUGAUAUAUUGAAUGUGUGUUGUACUAAAAUAUAUAGAGAUAUAUUAUUUUACAAAGAAUAUGCUCAUCAUACACAAUUCUGUAAACCCCAGGUUUGGAUGUGCUGCACCCAAAUCAAAUAGAAAUGUUAUGACAAGUCCUACUUUAGUUAUUAAGACAGACUGAUGGUGUAAGUUUAAAAGAAGCACUUUCUGACCAGUUUGAUUGACUGAGCAGACACAGCUUAUCCAAACACCUUGCCUUACCUUAAGUCCACUGUUCUUAAGAUUUUAUAUUUAACAGCUCUUAAAUGUAAAAGGUUGAACUGAACCAGUCUUUUUUUGUUGUUAUUUUUGGAGGGAGGGGAGGGUUGGGGAGAAGGCCAAAAAAUGAAACCAUGUUUUUCUGUUGUGAGGCCAAAAGGAUUAACUGAUUUCCGAGACUCAUGUGGUUGAGUCUCCUUUUCAUUUGUUGUUAAAAUUGUCAUUGAGAAUUUGGUGGCCAUCCUGUGCCAUAAUUGGUUUUUACCUGAGGGGUGUUUAUGUUACUCAAUUUUAAUCAUAAAUGCAGUUGCCCAUCUGAAUCACCAAACAAAGACAAGAAAGACAAAAUGAUAACGAAACCAACUCCUUGGAUAACAAUACUUUUUGUGUAAUCAUUUCAAAACCAUUAUUUGUGCAUAUAUAUAUAUAUAUAUAUAUAUAUAUAUAUAUAUAUAUUAUGUGCUAUUUUAUGUUCUAUAGUCAAAUGUUUUUGGUUCAAGUUAAAUAGUGUAAAAUUUAUUGAAAGAAAUAAAAAUAUAAGGAUUU